CUCCAGGAAUAGGAGUGCUGUAAGACCCUUGUUGCUGUAGCACUUAGCUAUAAUAAUAAUAAUGAUGAUGAUGAUAAUAAUAAUAAUAAUAAUAAUAUCUUUAUUUAUACAAGUACAAGGUAUACAGGCCUAGCUGACAUCAGUGACAUCCUACUAUAUAGAAGGCCACUUGUUAUGCAGAGCAUUUUGGGGGAAUUAGGUCAAUUUUGUCCCAGGAUGUGACCCACACCAGUUGACUUACACCCAGGUACCCAUUUAACUGAUGGGUGAACAUGGACAGCAGGUGUCUUAUGGAAACACAUCCUGAUGUUUCCAGCCGUACCGGGAGUCGACCCCUGGACCUCAGUGUGUGAGCUGAAUGCACUAGCAAUUGAGCUGUGGGACACCUAGGAUAAUGAUAAUAGUAAUGCAAGCAUUGUAAAAAAUUUAACCAGUAUGUAAAAAUACAUAUAUACUUAACUGCUAUCAAGAUUAUCUUUCAUUAAGCAUAAAGCAAAGACUACCUUUGUGAAAUAAUAAUAUUCUAACCAGAUUGAUAAAUAACAGUAUGUACCGUACAAUGAGCACACCCACGUAUGGCACAUUAACCCUUUAACUGUGGGAGGAUUUUGAAAAAAAAAAAAUAGAUAAGUCUGUCUUUCUGAUUCAAAUAUGACUAAAAUGAGGAAAGUCUGAUAAAAACUUAUGAUUUUAUGGUGUGUUGAAUUUGUUGGAAAAAAUUAUCACUAAUCUGUAGCAGCACCAGUACUAGUACGUCGGACACAGUUAAAGGGUUAACUCACCCUGAAAACUAAUUUCAUCAUCAACGUCAUUGUAAAAUAAAAGUAAUGUACUCGUAGGAAGCACUCUCGACAGGAUAAACAAAAGCAGGAAAACAGGGUUAGCUGAACAGGGAAAGUUGGUGAAAUGAUAUAAAUUAGUACAGUACAAGUCUUUAUUUUAGCAGUGUUUUGCUGAAGGGAAGCCUUAUAGAUUCAAGCUUCAGUCGAGUAAAACUUUGUUAUAGUAAAUUCUUGUGCUGUUUGAUGCGUCUUUUCAUCUAAAGCCAGACUAAGGCUAGGAUACACUUAAGUUAGCAGCUCUGAGCUACAUAUACAGAUCAGGCAUAACCAGAAACUGCAUCCAUUGCCUAGUCAUUAAAACAGUGAACAUGAGCUCCAAGAACAUAGUGAACACGGUUUGAAAAUUAAAUGAAAUUACAAUCUUCCCUCUCUAAAAAUUAAUUAAAACCAUCAAAAUCUUGUGUGAGAUAUGAAUACACUGUCAUGUACAAAUAAAUUUGUCAUUCAUAUCUUACUAUUCAGUGUGCUUGAUAAUGAUAUACAGUAAAAUGAAUUUACAGCUUUGUGCACUACAAUAAUAAGACAUUUUGCAUACUAUGAUUAUAAUAUAUUGUCAAAAAGAUCUUAUACCAUGUAGAUACUGUAUAAACACUAUGCAUUUUUAUGCUUUAUACAUGUGUUCAUUGCAACCAUGGCAUAAAUUUAUAAUUUUAAAGCAUAUAAAGUGAUUUUGAAGCUGUGUUGUCUUUAUGGUGACAUUUCAAUAGGCUUUAAAUUGUGUCUCAAAAAUCAUAUUGAUAUGUGUACCUAUCUGAAUUCAUUUGAGAACAUUACAGUGGAACCUCAAAUUUCGAACGUAUCGCUUAUUGAACUCUUCGAAAAUCGAUCAUUUUUUUUGAACCAACUUUGUCCACAUUAUCAAACUUGCCUCUUUUUUCUGAACCGCUGGGUACCGGACCUGUCCGCCAGCCCACUCUGUCCGCGUUCCCGCGCAGGCGCCGUGAGCCAAUCUGGUUUUGUUGAUGCUUGAGUGAACACUAACCUGUGGUCUCAUUCAAACAUUUUACGAUUAAUUCAUUGUGUUUAGUGCGUGUGGGACUGUGAAAUAAGCUACCAUGGGCCCAAAGAAACUUGCUAGUGGUACCCCUGUGGUAAAGAAAGUGAGAAACACCAUAGAUGUGAAGAAGGAAAUAAUACAGAAGUAUGAGAGUGGUGUGAAACUUGUUGAGCUUGCCAGGAUGUAUGGGAAAAACAAGUCAACCAUCACUUCUAUCCUGGCAAAGAAAGAACAAAUCAAGGAAGCUGAUGUUGUGAAAGGUGUUAAUAUGCUAACCAAAAAAAGACCACAGACAAUCGAUCAGGUUCAAAGUUGUUGCUGGUGUAGAUCAAGGAUAAAGAGAUGGCAGGUGAUAGUGUUUCAGAGACGAUUAUUUGUGAAAAGGCAAGGAAGUUGCAUGCUGAUUCAAAGAUUAAGGAGAUUUGCACUAAGUGGAAUGAGGUUCAAAUGUUUGUGGAGAAGUACCACCCUGAGCAAGCUGAAACAAGCCAUCUUUUCAACAAGUUCAGUGACAGAACCAUGUCCCAUUUUAGGGAAAUCUUAGAGGCACUAGAAACAGGAUUGUGGAUAGUUAUUUUGUUAGACAGGGGUCCAGUGACUCUCAAGCUGGUCCUAGGGGCAUUAAAACACAGAGAAGGGAAGUAACCCCAGAAAGGGCUUUGAUACCUAAAGUCCUCAUGGAGGGGGAUUUCCCUUCCAAACACUAACCCCCAACUCCCUCUCUCCUCCUCCCUAUCUUCCAGAUGCCAUCACCAAUCUUCAAUAUAGGUAUCACAGCAGUUUCACGUUCAUUGUCUCCCACAAUAACAGCAACUUGCUAUCAUCCGAGAGUGAGCUCUGGUUGCUCAUUACAUUAUACUCGCACAGAUAGAUUUGCUAAUCCACUUUGGAAAGUCUGCUUCCAGUGCAACUCUGACUACAUAAAGAGAGUCACAGGCUUAAAAAGAGGGAAAAUGGAGGAUGACUUGGAAUACUUUAUAACCUUCCCAACACCCACCCCAAAGGAAACACACAAGCGAACCAGUGCAAGAUGUAUUACAAUCCGGUACACAUCCCCAUUAUCAUAUAUGUUUGCAAGACCAGGAGCAAGGAACCCCAUUGCUCGUAAACUGCUAGCCUUACUGAGAGACAUGAGUUUGGAUGAUCAUCCAGUAUUCUUCCACAUUUUCAGUAACAAUGGGUCCAUCCUUUAUUAUUCUAUGACAAAGGCUUUUACAGAGCCUGAUGCUCCUAAUAUCUCAGUCAAGGGAAUAAUUUUUGACAGUACGCCUUCUCCCCGGCGCUUGUACUCAGGAUGUACCCAGAAGAAUACAGGGAAUCCGUGUAUUCUUUCUUGAGCUUGUGUCUCAGUCAGGAUGUUCCAGUUGUGGAACAACCCACCUCUGUUGCUGCUGAUGAGGGUAAACACAAAAGUGAUUAAAUAUUUAUUGAGAAGGUAAAGUAUUUUAUGUUCUUUUGCCUAAGGUAAAGGUGAAGGAAUUAUUUAAUCUGUAAUGGAAAAAACAAGAAUUCAUGUAAAUUUGUAGCUUGCUUUAGUGUAGGAAAGAAUAGAGGUCACUUGGGUAGUAGAUUGGUACAGUAAUAUUAAAACAAAUAGCAUUAUUAGCACUAUAGGAAGGUGGCUGAAAAAACAAAAAAGGUAUAAUGUAUACCCAUUUGAUUAUUCACAAAGUUACAUGUUAUUGCUAUACUAUUCAAAUAUAAUUUGUUUUCACCUUCAAGAAAUAUCUUGAAUAUAGUAACUUGUCAUUUUCAUUGUCACCUGCCUCCUAUCAUGUGCCUAAAUGCUUUAUUAAAUAUUAUCAAAUAUAUUUCUGAUGUCACUUUUGUCACUUGCUGCAAACACACAAUCCUGGUCUUUUCUCUGAAUUCUUAGGGUUUUUUUUUUUUUUUUUUAGUUUCAUAUCCACUAAGCUGCUGCUUAUAUUGAGAGUAGGGUGGACGUAUAUACACUGCUAGCUUCUUAUUACAGAAAAGAUAGGCUCUUAAGAGGCAGAACUAUGAAAUAAGUGAAACCAUACAAAUCUAUAGACUUAGUGUAAAUUAUCUUGCACAUUAAAAUUGUCACUUUAUUCUCUUUAUUUUAAGAUGUUCUUUCUUCUUUCAACAUACCAGCCGUAUCCCACCGAGGCGGGGUGGCCCAAAAGAAAAAACUAAAGUUUCUCUUUUUAAAUUUAGUAAUAUAUACAGGAGAAGGGGUUACUAGCCCCUUGCUCCCGGCAUUUUAGUUGCCUCUUACAACACGCAUGGCUUACGGAGGAAGAAUUCUGUUCCACUUCCCCAUGGAGGUUUUAAGAUGUAUUAGUAUAUUUUAAUAUUUCGGUUUAUUGGCCUAUUUUCAUAUUACUGUAUUAGUAAAUAUUACAAUCUGUUGUAUUCAUGUUACAGUCAACUGGAUUUAUACACACAGUUCUUUUGCAGCAAUUUUGUCACUUAUGUAUUUGCCCAUAUAGUAUGUUCAGUUCGUGGUUUGCCUGAAGAACUGAUUUUUUUUUUUUUUUAAAUAGUAUAUGCUCUAGUUGGUUUUUGAUAUGACUGGCUUGUAUUUACUGACAUGUACAAGCUUGUGUGUGCAGAAUACAUCUCUUCCAUUUCUUCUUAAAUGAUGUUAAUUUUUUUACUUGAAUUUUAUGCAUAUUACUUGAAAUUUAGGAGAGCCAUUGCAUGUGCUAAUGGAAAAGAAAGCUUUGACAACAAAUUAUAGGAUAAAGAGUUGGCAGUGUACAUACAAGUCUUGUCCAAAUGAAUUUUGAUUUCAGUGUUUGUUGGAUUUGAAGCUUUUCUGUCAACACAGUUUUGUGUCUGUUUCAAAUGCUAUAAAAUAUUCUGGGAGUAAUUAUUUUUAAUAAAUUAAUUUUAUUACUACUAAAUCUUUAUUCCAGUAUGUGUAGUGAUAAGGGUACUGUAAUAAAAAUCCCCUUUGACUACAUGUAGGUAGACACUUCUGUGGGAAUCAUUCGCACUUACAAGUACAGUACUAUACAGGUGGGCCCCACUUAUACAGCAGGUUAGGUUCUGGGCUACCCCUGUAAAGCAAAAAUUGCUGUAAAGUGAAUCAUAGCCUUUUUCUUUUCUUUCAAAUGCAUACAGAAGCCUGAUAACAUCAUUACUAUUAUAUAUUAAGUGGGCACUAUAGCUAGGCCUAAAAAAUGCAUAUACAGUACAUACAUUACUUGCCUUAAAAUAUUUUCAUCCUUAGCUUAUGAGUGAUGAAUAUAUUUAUUGAAGAAAGUCUGAAUAAAUGAAGAAUGGGUAUAAUUAAAAACUGCUACAUUAGUGAAAUGCUGUAAAACAGGACCUAUCUGUAUAGAGAAGAAAAUUUAUCGAUUCAUUGUAUACCCUAGUGGGGUUAGACAUUUUUACCACCUGGGACAGAGUUGUGUUUAAUGGGUCAUAGUGCAUGUGUUCACUAGCUGCUGCCGAUUGUGAUAAUGUUUUAGAAUGUAAAGAAAUGUUGAAAUCACAAAAUUAAUUAUAUGAAGGAAGAUAUCUGCUGUAUAUCUUCAAAGUGGAAAAAAACGUGCAUGCUCAAACUAACCUCUAAUGACAUUAUAAUUAAAUUGUGCAGAUGGUAAUCUGUAUUCAUAUGAAUUCAUGGCUGAGUUGUGGUUUACAAAAGAUGCCAAUAUUUACCUACUCUGCUCACUAAUAUGUCUGUCUGUAUUUAUACCAUGCUAGCAUCAGAAGACCUGCUAUUGUCUUUUAUCCCUGUUUGAAUCCAUUUCCUUCUCUAGGUUGUACUGCAUAUCUAUACUGAUGAAAUGACAAGGCUAUUUGCUCGGGUAAUUUUACAUCUUAUUUGUCUUGCAUAAUGCAGCUGUUGAAUUUGGUGUCAAAUAUUUAAGCCAACAAGAACACCAAAUGCAUAGAAGAAAUAGCAGCUUGAUUUGUAAAAAAACUUAGCAUUUUCUUUGCUACUGAUAUGAAAUUAAGUGAAAUAUCUUUAUAGUCAAGUAGCUUAUGCUUAAAAGAAGGUUUUAAUUUCAUUUUGUUGGCUGUCAACUUUAUUUUAUCCUUCAUUUUACCCCUAUUUUGCAAAAAAAAAAUUGUGUAGAAGUUUUCAAACAUGUAUUCCCUCCAAAUUUUUAAGGAAGCAAUUUUCUAAAGGAAAAUUUUGGUGUAUAAAGUUAUAUUUUUUAAGAUUUAGGUUUCUGCACUGUCUUCAUAUUUUUGAGUAAUGUGUGAAGGCAGAGAAGUUUGCUUAAAUAUUAAAAAUCUGCACAGU